UUCCGUCCCCAGAUAUAAUCUUAAACGGUGGAUAUUUGAUGAGCAGGUUCUAUCCUAUUUACAUUCUUUUUUCCCGCCAACUUGCAACCUGUAGAUAUCACACAGCCAUUCCCAUCCCAACACAGCUGUGGGCUGUGGCAUGAAAUUCUUGUCAAACAAGUUAAAGCAAUUGUUCUUUAUUCUUCUCUAAUCUUCAUCAGAAUCCAAUUCUCUUGCCCCUUUCUUUCCUUUUCUGCCACGUGCCAUACAAUUCAUUAUUUGUUAUAUAACACAAGCAAAAUAUACUUCCCUCUGCUUAUCAUCUCUUCAAUCACCACAUCUUUUCUUUCUCAUCUGAUUUUCUGCUCUGCAGUUAGCAGCAAUGGGUAUGGCAAUAUCUAGGAUGGUGAAGAUGCUCUUUGCAAGGAAAGAAAUGAGAAUACUAAUGGUGGGUCUUGAUGCUGCUGGAAAAACCACCAUCCUCUACAAGCUCAAACUUGGAGAGGUUGUCACAACCAUUCCCACAAUUGGGUUCAAUGUGGAAACUGUUGAAUACAAAAAUGUAAGCUUCACUGUCUGGGAUGUAGGAGGACAAGACAAGAUUCGGCCACUAUGGAGACACUAUUUUCAGAACACUCAGGGUCUUAUCUUUGUAGUGGAUAGCAAUGAUAGAGACAGGGUUUCAGAAGCCAGAGAUGAGCUCCACCGAAUGCUUAGUGAGGAUGAACUCCGUGAAGCGACACUGCUUGUGUUUGCCAACAAGCAAGAUCUUCCAAAUGCCAUGAGUGUUUCUGAGAUCACUGAUAAGCUUGGCCUGCAUUCACUCCGCCAACGCCGCUGGUACAUUCAAGCUGCUUGUGCCACCUCUGGCCAAGGACUUUAUGAGGGGCUUGAUUGGCUAUCCAGUAACAUCUCAAGCAAGGCACGAUAAGCCAGGCUCCUUCAGCCUCUUAUUUCUUGUUUUAGAAAAUGUUUGAUUGAAUUUCUAGUACUGGAAAGUAUUUAUAUAGAUAUUGUCUGUCUUUCUAUGCAGACAUAAUCCAGUCAGGCUGCCAAGAAGACUUUCUGGUCCUCCUAAAGGAUAAAACUUGUAACUAAGAUUAAUUUACUUUGCGAUUUUUGGUUA